UACCAUGGAACUAUGGAAGUGUUGCGGAUAAGUGACUGGAGUAGCAGAUAGACAGAGUGUUACCCUACCAACCACCACCACAGACAGAAAGGAAGGAGCUAACCGUCGCACCUAGGUACUUUCUCUACCGUUCGCCACCUAGCUCGUGGAGAAUCUUUGGCCAAGCAACACGAAUCACGAUUAUAUAACUACCAUACUGAUCGGAUAGUCUUAACUUACUUGCGAUUAUGGAUAACUUUUCACUUGCUUCAUCCACUACACACUACUGCUCUACUUUCACCAGCAAGCCAUACUCAAUGUCCACUAGGACCGUCACCACUAUCCCCUUCUACUCCAUCACCACAUGCUCACACGACUCCGAAAACCUCACCACCACCUCAUCGUCCCUCCGCCGCCCCACGAAUAACCGACCCUUCAAACCCAUCGCUAACUCCCCCGUCAAUCCCCACCGCCCCCAACCCAAAACCCAUAACACGAAUCCGCUCCAAACACUCCUCAACCCCACCCCGAAAAGAAAUCCAAUAGAUAAUAGUUCUCAAACGCUAACCGAAAAGCUCUGGUUAACCAGCAAACUCUCUCCGCCACCAGCACCAGCUCCAGCUCCAGCUCCAGCUCCAGCACCUGAUGCGAAUGAAACUGAUAUUAGUAGUUAUUUGGAUAGUUCAGUUGAUUUGGGAUCGAAACAAUCCAAACAAAUCGAGCAUAGAGAAAAAGGGAAAAUCUUUGUCGGGAACCUUCCGUUGUGGAUAAAGAAAAAUGAGCUUACCGAAUUUUUUCGGCAAUUUGGACCGAUAAAGAACGUGAUAUUGAUAAAAGGUUACAACGAUACAGAACGAAACAUGGGGUUUGGAUUUGUAAUAUAUGGCGGUGCAACCGCGGAAAAGGCGGCGAUGAACGCGGUGGAGUUUGACGGGAUGGAGUUUCAUGGGCGGGUGAUAACUGUGAAACUUGAUGACGGGAGGAGAAUGAAGGAAAAGUCUGCGGAGAGAGCGAGGUGGAUAGACGGGGAUGAUAGCGUGGAAUACAAGUCAGCGUGGCAAGAAGAGAGAGACGGUUCACGAAAAGAGCUUAAAAAGGUGUUGGAAACCCAACCGGAGAACUGGCAGGCUGUUGUCGGAGCUUUUCAAAAGAUUAAGAAGCCUUCCAGGAAAGAGUUUGGGUUGAUGGUCAACUAUUAUGCAAGGCGAGGAGAUAUGCAUCGUGCACGAGAAACUUUCGAGAGUAUGCGGGCCAGGGGAAUCGAGCCAAACUCACAUGUAUUUACCAACCUAAUUCACGCUUAUGCAGUAGGUAGAGAUAUGGACGAAGCACUUUCUUGUGUAAGAAAGAUGGAAGACGAGGGUAUUGAAUUGAGUUUGGUGACGUACAGUAUUCUUGUCGGAGGAUUUGCUAAAAUUGGCAAUGUAAAUGCUGCAGAGAAGUGGUUCAAGGAGGCCAAAGAGACACAACGAACUUUGAAUGCGAUUAUAUACGGAAACAUAAUUUAUGCUCAUUGCCAAGCGUUUAACAUGGAGCGUGCAGAAGCAUUGGUGAGGGAGAUGGAGGAAGAGGGCAUUGAUGCUACACGAGAUAUUUAUCACAUGAUGAUGGAUGGUUAUACGAUGAUUAAAGAAGAAGAUAAAUGUCUCGUUGUGUUUAAGAGGCUUAAGGAAUGUGGCUUUACACCAACAGUAAUUACAUACGGAUGUCUUAUUAAUCUCUACACCAAGAUGGGAAAAGUUUCAAAAGCGUUGGAGGUGAGUGAAACAAUGAAAGCCGACGGCAUAAAGCAUAACAUGAAGACAUAUUCAAUGUUAAUUAACGGCUUUAUAAAAUUAAAAGACUGGGCAAAUGCAUUUGCAAUAUUUGAAGACGUCGUGAAAGACGGUUUAAAACCCGACGUUGUGCUUUACAACAACAUUAUUACCGCAUUUUGUGGUAUGGGAAACAUGGAUCGUGCGAUCCGUACCGUUGAAGAGAUGCAAAAAUUGAGACAUAAACCGACUUCAAGAACAUUUAUGCCCAUAAUUCAUGGGUUUGCAAGAGCCGGAGAAGCUAAAAGAGCUCUUGAAGUUUUUAAUUUGAUGAGGAUGUGUGGUUGCAUCCCGACCGUCCAUACUUACAAUGCCCUAAUUCUCGGUUUAGUUGAGAAACGCCAGAUGGAUAGGGCGGUAAAAGUAUUAGAGGAAAUGUUACUUGCGGGGAUUGGACCAAACGAGCACACGUACACCACAAUCAUGCAUGGCUAUGCAUCACUUGGUGAUACCGGAAAAGCAUUUGAGUAUUUUUCUAAAGUUAAAAACGAGGGAUUAAAUCUUGAUGUAUUCACAUAUGAGGCACUACUCAAGGCGUGCUGUAAAGCCGGGAGGAUGCAAAGUGCUUUAGCGGUCACCAAAGAAAUGCAUGCCAAAAAAAUUCCAAGAAAUACUUUUAUUUACAAUAUCCUUAUUGAUGGAUGGGCUCGAAGAGGUGACGUUUGGGAAGCAGCUGACCUAAUGCAACAAAUGAAGCAAGAAGGGGUCAAACCUGACAUCCGUACUUACACAUCCUUGGUCAACGCUUGUUGUAAAGCUGGAGAUAUGCUUCGAGCAGACAAAACAAUCAAAGAGAUGGAGGCUGCAGGAUUAAAACCUAACAUAAAAACAUACACGACAUUAAUUCAUGGGUGGGCCCGCGCUUCGCUUCCUGAGAAAGCUAUGAAAUGUUUUGAAGACAUGAAGUUAGCCGGGCUGAAACCCGACCGGGCCGUGUACCAUUGCCUGAUGACAUCACUGUUGUCCCGAGCCUCUGUAGCCGAAGACUACCUUUACUCCAGCAUUCAACAAAUCUGUGCGGAAAUGAUUGACGCUGGUUUGACCGUUGACAUGGGCACCGCAGUGCAUUGGGCCCGGUGUUUACGCAAGAUUGAACGGUGUGGUGGAGAUCUUACUGAAGCACUUCAAAAAACGUUCCCGCCUGAUUGGAACUCGCAAAACACUCUCGAUGAAAUAUCGGGGGUUGAUCGUGAACAUGAUGUUGAUGACGACGACGACGACUUGCUGUAUGAAAGUGAUUCUGAUGGUGAUAUUGAUGAGGAUUGAUAUAUGCCUUUGGUACUUGAUGUAUAUUUAGUAAAUGUUACAAUGAGAUAAUGAUGUAGUGACUUGUACAUUGUGCAAUGAAAGUUGUACAUUUUUUGAUUUGUGAAUCUAGGUUGAGAUUUGGUAA